AUGUUCAGGAAUCAGUACGAUCAUGAUGUCUCUGUUUGGAGUCCCCAGGGACGCAUUCAUCAAAUAGAAUAUGCUAUGGAAGCUGUAAAGCAAGGGUCUGCUGCAGUCGCUUUGAAAAACAAAGACUUCUCCGUCAUUGUUGCCCUUAAAAGAGCUCCUUCCGAACUCUCUUCUUACCAGGAAAAGCUUAUACCUAUUGAUUCCCAUAUUGGUAUGGCAAUUACUGGAUUGACUGCUGACGGCUUCUUGUUGGCAAAAUCCAUGCGCCGUGAAUGUGCUGAUAACCGCUGGGCAUAUGGCGAACCUCUACCCAUCUCUCGUUUGCUGAAUAAGAUUUCACUCAAAAUGCAAAUUCCUACUCAGCAAUAUGGACGGAGGCCCUUCGGCGUUGGCAUGUUAAUUGCUGGAUAUGACGAUCAAGGCCCACAUGUUUAUUACCUGUGCCCAUCGUCGAACUCAUAUGACUGCAGGUCCUUCGCUGUCGGGUCGCGCUCUCAGUCUGCCCGUACAUAUCUUGAACGACAUUUAGAUCAAUUUCCGAAUUCUUCUUUGGAUGAACUCAUUGCUCAUGGCUUAAAAGCGCUCAAAGGUUGCCUUCCAGCAGAGACGGAGUUAACGGGAAAGAAUUGUGCUUUGGCUGUUGUCGGUAAGGGAAGGGAUUUCACAAUCCUCAAAGAGGAAGAUAUCGAACCCUACCUGGCCGGUUUAGCUACAUCUGUUCCUUCAGAAGUAUCUGACCAUUCUGCCGAACCCCAACCAGUUGCUCCAGCUUAUGUGACUAGUACUCAGCUGUACAACUGGCGGUUCACAACUGAUGAAUUGGCCAAUCAGCGCCAGGAGUGCAAUGCAGCCGCGCGAAAGCGCCUGGCGCCCGUAACUAAGGCAAACGCUGAUGCUAGUCAAGGAGGAGUGAGCAAUGCGGAGGCAGAGCCCCUGCUUCUCACUGCUGAGGAUGAAUUGAUCAUCGUGAAACGCUACAUCCUCAUUAUGAAGGAGUUAUUUCACAAGUUUGAGGAACCCAAGCUCCCGCCGGAUGUAUUCGGUUUCGCAGCGACAUACUUUAAACGCUUCUAUCUAAACAACUCUGUAAUGGACUACUUUCCCCGCGAGAUGAUGCUCACAGCCCUGUACUUGGCUUGCAAAGCUGCCGACUUUCCCCUUGGUCUGCAAACCUUCACAUCUCACAUUCCACGCAAUCGCGAGCGCUACAGCGACUUCAUAGUCAAUUCGGAGCUUUUCCUGAUGGAGAAAUUGCAGUACGACCUCUGGAUUCACACUCCCUAUCGACCGCUCUGUGGGUUGAUUGUCGACUUGGUGGCUUACCAGAACGCUCUUCGCGAAAGGCGAGGGCAAAAACCAGUGGAAGAUGCAGCCAGUCUCGUGGCAACACUGAAGGCAGAGGGUUACGAGAUCAUACACACUUGGUUUCAAACAGAUCUCUGUCUCACGCACCCACCGAGCCAAUUUGCCCUGGCUGUGCUUCUCGAGUUGGGCCGGACACGGCCAGAGCUGGAGGUGGAGGCGUUUGUGAGGGAUGAGGUGUGUGGCUGUGCUCCAUUGAAAUCCGACGAGCCCUGCGGGGAUUCCAGUCGAGGUGAAGAAAACCAGCCGUCGGUUCAGUCUGGAGAGCCUACACCUCAACAGCAGUGGUCAAAUCUCUCGGAGAAGAUGGAGCACAUCCAGGCCAUGAUUGCAGAGUUUGAAUUCCUUGAGGACUUGUCACAGACUGGAGAGGAGGAGGCAGUGCUCCUGCAAUGCCGAAAUCCCCUUUACGAUCCCCUAUCGGAGGAAUAUGCGGCUGCGAAAGAACGAGCUAACAAACUGAUGUCGUUUAUUGAAUAA